AUGGAGGUUGAUGAGGUAGCUAAUGGUUUGGAAGAACUCGACAUGGAUAAUUAUGAUGAAGAGGAUGACGAAAUUGAAAUUUUUAGCUCUGGGCAUGGGGAUCUUUACUAUGCGAGUAAUGAGAUGGAUCCAUAUCUCAAUAAUAAUGGUCAUGAUGAUGACGACGACUCAGAUGAUGAUCAAACAAUCUUACCAACCGAUUCAAUGAUUGUUUGCGCGAAGAGCGACAAUGCAUCCAAAUAUGACAAUAAAGCCAACUAUCUUGACUUGGACGAUGUGUUACCUUGUGUACAACUAGGAGGAAAAAAACGAGGAAGGGGUAGCCACACUAGAUCAGUUCUUGGUCUUGCUUGGAACAAGGAGUUUCGGGAAAUACUUGCUAGCGCCAGUCGCGACAAGAAAGUUAAAGUUUGGGAUGUGGCUACUGAAACAUGCAAGAUUACUAUGGAACAUCACACAAAGAAGGUUCAAGCGGUUGCAUGGAACCAUCAUUCUCCAGAAGUUCUUCUCAGUGGGUCAUUUGAUCAAACUGUUGUAUUGAAAGACGGAAGAAACCCUUCACACUCGGGGUUUCAAAUGGUCAGUCCUGUCCGUUGUCGAAAGCUUAGCAUGGGAUCCUCAUAG